GUAAAUUCUCUCCUAGCUCUCUCUUCUACUAUGCCACCUAGCAAACAAAUACUACGCGCCGUCAUGAGUUUAAAUCUGGGACCAUCAGUCCACAAGGGUGGAAACUUUGCCCGACCUCAAAGCACCUUCCGUAAUGUUGUUUCUCGGGAUCCGAAUUCCAAGUUUGCAGCGGAGAAGGGCCGUUAUGCGCUUUAUGUUUCCCCUGCUUGCCCAUGGGCCCAUAGAACCCUGAUCGUCCGCUUGCUUAAAGGGCUUGAGGAUGUAAUUGAUGUGUAUCAGGUGCACCUCACAUUAGGGCCAGACGGGUGGUUCUUCAGUGGGGAAGGAGAUUCAUUACCCGAGGACCCGUUGCAUGGGUUCAAAAAGCUCAAGGAGCUCUAUCUGCAUGCUGAUCCAAACUAUGUUGGACGAUACACGGUUCCGGUCUUGUGGGACAAAAAGACUGACACCCUUGUUAACAAUGAAUCGUCCGAAAUUAUCCGCAUGCUCUACAGCGAGUUUGAUGCCUUCAUUCCGGAGCAUUUGAGGGAAGAGAACAAACCCGGCGGCGGGCUAUAUCCUCCUCACCUCCGGGAACAAAUCGACAGCAUCAAUGAGUGGGUCUACAACACAAUCAACAACGGUGUGUACAAGGUUGGCUUCGCCAUGUCACAAGAGGCCUAUGACAAAGAAAUCGAUCCACUCUUCGACUCCCUGGACAGAGUGGAGGCCUUGUUAGCCCAUGGGAAGCCAUACAUCUUGGGUGACUUUAUCACUGAGGCUGAUAUCCGACUCUACACCACCAUUGCGCGAUUCGACGUCGCUUAUUAUCCGGUGUUCAUGUGUAACCAGAAAUCUAUCCGCCACGACUAUCCUCGGCUUUAUCUGUGGUUGCGCCGCCUAUACUGGGAUCAGGAGAAGAAUGGGCAAGCUCGAGGCGCCUUUUACAAGACCACUGCGCCUUACCUCGGCCUCUACUCUCGUGGGUAUGCUGAUGGAAGAAACAAAAUAGUAAUGGGGGGAAAUGCGCCGCUCAUUGUGCCGUCCGGCCCGAAGGUUCUCAUUGACGCGCUUCCCUGAUGGCCUGCUAUCUGACAUCAUGGUCGUAUUCAUGUCUCAUUUUUGUAUAGCUCAUGAAAUUGUAUACUAUUUACAUUGAUGACUCUUUCACACCUAACUUCAUGGCUUGGUAGAUAGGCAGAGAUCUGACUAAGGGCCAGGAG